UAGCGGCCGCCGCGGCUGUAGUCGUUGCCACUGGCGCCACGGGCGAUGCUGGGCCGUCCCACGUCGCCUUGCGGUCAGCCGGCACACGGCACCACCCGGACGCUGGCGUCCGUGCCCGCUGGCUCCGGGAGCAGCAUGUGCGCAUGCGGCGCAAGUAUAUAGACGAGUUUGGCGAUGCCGACGGGUUGCUAGCGCGCGAGGAGAGCGCGCUCGAGAAGAAGAGGAAGAAGAGGGGACGGGUGCCGCCGUCAGAGGUUGCGCUGAACGAGUGGGGCCGGGACGUCAUGUACACUGGAGCCGUGUCAAUAGGCACACCACCACAAACCUUCGAGAUGAACUUUGACACGGGCUCGGCGUCAAUGUACGUCUUCGACUCGACGUGCUCCCCCAAGCAGUGUAAAGGCUCAGACGUGUACCAUGCAAACUCGAGCUCGACGUUCCGCGACCCACACCUCCCACCAGGCAACUUGACGUACGGAAUGGGGUGUGCAUACGGGCACUGGGGCACCGAUGUUGUUCAGGUCGGGGCGAGCAGGGUGAACAACCAGAUGUUUCUGCGCGCAUCACAGUACCACGAAGGAUUCUGGUACUCGAACGCCACGGGCCUCAUGGGCUUGGCGUGGAAGACGUCGCAAAACGUCGACAUGCCGUUCUGGCAGUCGAUUGCGUCGAGUUGGAACGACACACGCUUCGGCGUCUACCUCGCGCGCGCCAAUGCCACUGACCUGGCCGACGCCGCACGGGUCAACAAGGUCGACCCAGCAGAGGUGGCCUUGUCGGGAGGGUCUAUCACGUUUGGCGGCGUCAAUGAAAGCCUGUACAACGGCGAUAUCAACUACAUCCCUCUCGUGGGCCGCGACUACUGGCGCAUUCCGCUCGAGUACAUCGAGGUCAACUCGGAGGCGGUCGCGACUGGGAUCGCCAACCUCGCCGCGAUCGACACGGGAUCCACGCUCAUCGUCGGCCCGCAGGAUAUCGUCGAGAACUUUUACGCCAAGGUGCCCGGCGCCGAGCCCCGCCCGCACUGGGACGGCUUCUGGUGGUUCCCGUGCGAGUCGGUGUACAACCUGUCCGUGGCGCUGCACUUUGGCGGCACGGCGUACCCCAUCAACCCGAUGGACGUGAUCUACGCGACCGGCGAUGGGACGUGUACGGGCGGGAUCGUGAGCUCGAGCUCGCAAAGCCAACUGUCUGGUGGCCGCAUCCAAUGGGUCAUUGGCGACGUAUUCCUCAAGAACGUCUACUCGGUGUUCCAGUACGCCCCGCCAUCGAGGGCCGGUGUUCGACACACCGAGUGGGGGUAG